UGACAAAACACUGACUUGGAAAAUAGCAUUGUAUUUCACCAAGAUGGCUAUGAAAUGGACUUCAACCCUUCUGCUGCUACAGCUGACUUGUUGCUUCAGCUUUGGGAGCUGUGGCAAGGUGCUGGUUUGGCCGACAGAAUACAGCCAUUGGAUUAAUAUGAAGACAAUCCUGGAUGAACUUAUCCGUAGAGGUCAUGAGGCGACGGUUCUGACUUCUACAGCUUCCAUUCUGGUCAAUCCCAACGAAAAAUCCACUAUUAAAUAUGAAAUUUAUCCUACAGCCACAACUAAAGACAACUUUGAGAGUCUUUUCAUGCAAAUGAUAAGCAAAUGGACAUAUGACAUUCCAAGAGAUACAUUCUUCGAAUAUUUUUCACAGAUGCAAGAAAUGAUUUGGCAGUAUAUGGACCACAUUCAAAAGUUAUGUAAAGAAGUAGUUUAUAAUAGGAAACUUAUGACAAAACUAAAGGAUUCAAGAUUUGAUGUCGUUCUUGCAGAUCCUGUUGGUCCCUGUGGGGAGUUGCUGGCUCAAUUUCUCAAUGUAUCCUUUGUGUACAGUCUCCGCUUCUCUCCUGGCUACACAUGGGGAAAGUACAGUGGAGCUGUUCCGUUCCCUCCCUCCUAUGUACCUAUCAUAAUGUCGGAAUUAACAGAUAAAAUGACAUUUAUGGAGAGGGUCAAAAAUAUGAUAUAUGUGCUUUAUUUUGACUUUUGGUUCAAAUCAUUUGAUGAAAAGAAGUGGGACCAGUUUUACAGUGAAGUACUAGGAAGACCCACUACAUUACUUGAGACCAUGAGGAAAGCCGACAUAUGGCUUAUUCGAACCUACUGGGAUCUUGAAUUUCCUCGCCCACUCUUACCCAAUUAUGAUUUCGUUGGAGGACUCCACUGCAAACCUGCCAAAGCCCUGCCUAAGGAAAUGGAAGACUUUGUCCAGAGCUCUGGAGAAAAUGGAGUGGUGGUGUUUUCUCUGGGGUCAAUGGUCAGUAACAUGACAGAAGAAAGGGCCAAUGUGAUUGCAUCAGCUCUUGCCCAGAUUCCCCAAAAGGUCAUAUGGAGAUUUAAUGGCAAGAAACCAGCAACUUUAGGAACCAACACUCGGCUAUACAAGUGGAUUCCCCAGAAUGACCUUCUUGGUCAUCCAAAAACCAAAGCUUUUAUCACUCAUGGUGGCACCAACGGCGUCUAUGAGGCUAUUUACCAUGGGAUCCCCAUGGUGGGAAUUCCUUUGUUUGCAGAUCAACCUCAAAAUAUUAUUCAUCUGAAGGCCAAGGGAGCAGCUGUUAGAGUGGACUUCAACACCAUGUCAAGUACAGAUUUGCUCAGUGCAAUGAAGACAGUCAUUAAUGACCCUUCAUACAAAGAGAAUGCAAUGAAGCUGUCAAGAAUUCAACAUGACCAGCCAGUAAAGCCCCUGGAUCGGGCAGUCUUCUGGAUCGAGUUUGUCAUGCGCCACAAAGGGGCCAAGCACCUGCGGCCGGCUGCCCACGACCUCACCUGGUUCCAGUACCACUCUCUGGAUGUGAUCGGGUUCCUGCUGGCCUGUGUGGCAUCUGUGAUAGUCAUCAUCUCCAAACUGUUUCUGUUUUGUUGGCAGAAAUUUGCUAAAACACCCAACAAGAAGAAAAAGGAAUAGUAUAGAUAAGAAAUAAUGCUACUGUGCCUGAAAGAUGGAACUCAACCAACUUAAUCCUGCACUGUUUACUUUGUAAACCGAAACUGUUUUCAAAAGAUUCACUUAGAAAUAUGAAUAUUUCAUGCCAAGAGAAGGAAACAGAUGGACAACAAUAAAAUAAAUUUAUGUGAGUGUAUAUUGAAAUUUAUUACAAUCCAUGGGUUACAUACUUAAAUUUUUAACUAAUCUUCAUUAAGAUCAAAAUUUGUAAACAGACCCAGAAAUAUUAAGAGUUUUACACAUACUAUUAAUACGGUUUGCAAAUACUACUUUAACAUCCUUUUGCUGCAAACUCUUCCAGUUUUAACAUUUUCUGUAGAAACAAUCCAACAAUGACAAGUUUUACAACUCAUUCCUCUGUUUUGGGAUACUGGUAGUACUACUUGGUCAUUACUGUACAUCCAGUUUCAACAUUGUUUUUUAUAAACAACAAUGUAUUUAGUUUCUUCAU